AUGGCUGACGUUGAAGCUGCCAAGCGCGCUGCCGCCCAAACUGCCGUCGCAAACCACUACCCCAAGGAUGCUCGGUGGGUCGGUAUUGGUAGCGGAACGACGAUCGUCUACGUCGUCGAGGCUAUCAAGGCCCUCGGUGUCGACACCAGUGCCACCCGCUACGUGCCGACGGGCUACCAGUCCCGUCAGCUGAUUCUUACCGCCGGCUUGACGGCCGUCGAGUUCGAUGCUAUCCCCGCCGGCACCGUGCUGGAUGUCGCCUUUGAUGGCGCGGACGAGGUCGACGAGGAGCUGAACUGCAUUAAGGGUGGCGGUGCCUGCCUGUUCCAGGAGAAGUUGGUUGCCAUGCAAGCCAAGGAGUUCAUUUGCGUUGCUGACUCGCGCAAGCUCCAGCCUCGUCUGCUUACCAACUGGAAAUACAUUCCUAUUGAGGUCGCCCCCAUUGCUGCUUACCGGGUUCUUAACAAGCUUAAGGAACUUGGCAGUGUUGACCCGGUCAUCCGUACCAACGUCGAUGCGAAGGAGGGUCCCCGCAAGACGGAUCAGGACUUCUUCCUUAUCGAUGCUCCUUUCCCCGUUAUGCUCACCCAGGCGGAUAUUGUCGCUGGCAAGGUCUCCGGCAAGGAUGGUGUUUGGGAGGUUAACGAGCUGUCGAAGAAGAUCAAGGAGAUCGGCGGAGUUCUUGAUGUCGGUAUCUUCUCUGGUCUGACCGGCCCCCAGGCUACCGCUGCCGGUGGUGUUGGUGGUCAGCGCCCCGUCGCAGCCUACUUCGGUAUGCCCGAUGGCUCCGUCUCUGUGCGCACCGCCUCUGCGUAA